UUCUGAUGUUGUAAGUUUUCAACGAAAUAAUAUCAUAUAACAUUGUUCGAUUUUGUUGGUCUUUUUUUUCAAAUCAUGGCUCAAAGUCGAACUCGAAAGGGCUGAAUUUAAAUUACAGCAUAACCGCACGCGUGUUUGCGCAAAACUCGCACGCCACUCGCGACUGCAUGGUCAAUGCUGACUUAAAAUUACGCGUGCGUAACUCAAAACAUUGAGAUGACAUCACAAUUAAUUAUUUUAGGACAUUGCAAUAUGGGGAUUUCCAAAUUCACCCAGACCUUAUAUAAAUUUAGCCCUCAACCCCCAAAGACACAGAAUAGCAAACGACUGGGAGAGACGUAGGACAUUAUCUGAUUAUCGUACCACGGUGGGAAUAUCGUACAGCGGCUUCAUACUGGAGUGUAAUUCUCAUUACUCAAUAAUUUAUGCAUUGCGAAUUGUAUGAAUUUCGUGGUCGCUCUCUGCAGCAUAAAAUUACUGUCAAUUCACGACCGCGGGACGGGAUAGCAAGUUUAUCCAACUCCUUGGUUUAUCAUUGUGGAAAGUGCAAGGCUUGAACGAUUCAAAAAAUGAAUGGAAAAUUGAUUAUAUCUGUGAAGCAUGGAGAUUACCUUAGCCUGUUCAGUAUUAUCGCCUGUCUCAUGUACUUCAGUGAGGCAGCUGAUAAUGACAUGCAAAAUGUGACGAGAGAAUGGGGCUCUGGAGACAUCGACAUCCCAUGUUUCCUUGACAGAUCCGGUGGACAAACUAUCAAUAACACCGACAUCUAUUGGAAGAAUGAUCAGCAGGAGGAUUUGGUUCUACGUGUUAACGGACGCGUGACGUACCAACGGGCGAAUCCAAAUGUCACCAAACUCCAUGAUGAUGGGUCGCUUUCAGUGCAGAACGACUAUUCUGCAACGGGGGUGUACAUCUGUGACUAUUCGCGACCGAAUGAGUUCAUCAAAACUCGUACAAGGGUCACAGUUUUAGAACCCCCGCUCCGGGUAUUGGAGUGCAAUGUCACGGAUGCAAACCAGUCCACGCCCUGCCGAGUAACCGUACCGAACGGAACCGAAAGUCUCACUUUCACCCUCAUCAAGGCCGGACUCAGAACCACACUCAACCCAACACUCACGGUCGAUUCCCUCGAUAUACCCGUCGAAGAAGAUACGAAGAACACGACCCGCAAUGAAGACAAUUCUAUCACUAUCACGGCCAGGUAUAUAGUCCAUGUCAUCGACCUCACGUCGUCAUCCGAUAUCCGCUUUAACCUAACCGCCGGGCUGACCAAAGAAGAAUACGUAGUUGUCUUAAAUAAAGCCGAGGAACGCGAUGGUGGUGGUGGUGGUGGUGGUGGUGGCGGCGGUGGUAAUUGGGUAACAGUGGGCAUUGUAGUGGGGGUUCUCGUAUUCAUCAUCAUCAUCGUCAUAGCUUUAGUAAUUUGGAGAAAAAAAAAAGGAGGGCCUGCAUCUGAACCAGUAUAGGAGCAUAAUAUAGAAGAUAGCUGGUCCAGUGGUACGGUCACCUAUCUUGUCUUCGCCAUCAAACUGACUCUGAUGGACCCCGGUUCGAAACACGGUUACGUCUUUCGGAUAGCCCCAGUCGCAAAAUGCAUGUCUGAUUGACACCCAUUAUAAACUCAGUAUGACAAAUAUUCAAUAAGGUAUAAGGUACAUGCAACGUCCAUCCCUUGUUGAUUUGUACACAUUAUCAUGACUGUAUUGCAACCUCUACAGUCACGUUCAUACUGACGGUCGUCUCUACAGUCACGUUCAUACUGACAGUCGUCUCUACAGUCACGUUCAUACUGACAGUCGUCUCUACAGUCACGUUCAUACUGACAGUCGUCUCUACAGUCACGUUCAUACUGACAGUCGUCUCUACAGUCACGUUCAUACUGACAGUCGUCUCUACAGUCACGUUCAUACUGACAGUCGUCUCUACAGUCACGUUCAUACUGACGGUCGUCUCUACAGUCACGUUCAUACUGACAGUCGUCUCUACAGUCACGUUCAUACUGACAGUCGACUCUACAGUCACGUUCAUACUGACGGUCGUCUCUACAGUCACGUUCACACUGACGGUCGUCCGGUGUGAAACCGAGUGAUAUAAUUGAGUGUAAACAGAUAUAAACGGGGUAUAUUUUAAGUGUUAAUUGCAAUCCACUGGAUCAGUAGAUCCCUUCGAUAAAGAUAUUAUUUUUGUUACAAACGGGCUUUGUGUAUUGUGUGUGCGUAGAAGGUGCUUGUACUUCGUACAUAUAUUUGUUUAUUUGCAAAACUUAUGUCAAACAAUAUAUAUAAGUAAUAUUUCAAAACUAUAAAGAAUAUUGAUCAUUAUAAUCUGUCCCUACAUUAUGUCGAAAUCACUGUUCAGAGUUUACUGUAAUAAAUAUGUUCUAUAAUUAAUAUCAUGGUUUGGUGCAUGUAGGCCUAGAUCUAUAAAGAAUUUAUUCAUAAUUCUUUUUAUAAUUUCAAUAUUUAAUCAUAUUAUAUAUGUAC